CCCCAGCGCUCUGCAGCCGCAGGGAAAUGUUCAUAUCUCAAUAUUUUAAUCUCACGUAAAAUCAGGCAAGAACGCAUGCUAUUGGGCACGGCUGAUGCGGUCCAUCAUGAUCAUUACCUCAAGGCUCACUGCCAGUGGGUCACCAGACACUGGUGGCCUCUAUCGAUUGAGCGCUAGAAUCCAACGUGACGAUAAGAACAUGCUUCUACCCAUUCGAGUAAUCCGCGUGCUUGCCCACAUCCCUGGGAGUGCGUUUUAGCCCACACCAUGACCAUGGUGUCCUUGGGUCUCUAUCUUCUUGUGGCUAUAAUUCCAUGUAUUCCGAUUACCCUGGCGGUACAAGUUCUGAGUCAUCCAGUCGCCCGCACUGUCACAUCGCCCGCCACCUGUAUCGAUGGAUACUCAUGGAUGAACGACGGCCAGGGCGACUCGCCUUGUCUUACUGUCGCUUAUGUCGAGGCUGCAUGCUUUGGGAACAACUAUGUCCAACCAGUUCUGAAGGCUGGCUAUUCGUAUACCUUGCCAAAUUCUACGAACGCAAAUCCAUGUUAUUGUUCUUGGUCGUCCUAUAAUCUCAUGAUGGCGUGCACUCUAUGUCAAGGGAUAAGUACUACUGUCUUCGAAUGGCCUUCCUGGGCAAACGGGUGCGCUACCAACAUAGCAUGGACAGAGGAAUUCUUCCCUUCUGGAUAUGAGCUUACUGGAAAUGCGACUAUACCUUACUGGGCCAUUACAGAUCCGACAACAUGGACAUCUGCGACUUUCAAUAUCCAACAAGCGAGCGCUACUUUUCAAGAGUUUCCUUCUUACAUCACCCCGAGUGCCUCAGCAUCACCUAGUGGUUCAAGUUCAAGCUCAAGCUCAAGCUCAAACCCAUCUAGCAGUUCAAGCUCGGGCUCGAGUUCAACUGACGUAGGUGGGAUAGUGGGUGGCACCAUCGGAGCCUUGGCUGCUCUCUCGCUUCUUGCCAUUGGCGCCUAUCUAGUGUACAGACGCCACGUGUACAAGAAAGGAGCUUACACCACUGUCAUCAACCAGGCGUUCAUAGACAGAGGCGAUGGCGCGGCAACACGCAUAUCACAUAACCGUUUUCCGUCCGGUUCAUCCAUCUUUACUCGGUCGGUCGGCUCUCCUGUGUUGUAUGGGCAGUCCUUGUCCCCGUCGCAACAUGGGACUGUGUAUGCUCCACAGCCCCAGUUGGCAUACCCCUCUUUGCAAGGUUCAUUCUCACCUCCGCCACGGACAGAUACAUCGCCCUUCACCACACGGAGCAGGCCACAGUUCGAUGCAAUACCAAUGGUCUAAAAGUAACGUAUUUUUGUCCUUGGAAUGUCGGCCGUGCGUGUAAAUUUCCUGUACUGUGGACUUAUUAUCUUUUGGACCAAUAUCGUCUUUCGCAAUCUUACUCAUCUUGGUAUGAAGUACAAAAUAUAGGCCAGGUGGGGUUCACGGAGUAUAUCUGUGUCUCCGCGUUCUACCGGUGUAUAUCCCCGGUCGUUCUCACUGUCGUACGAUUCAUGAACUUUCGUCGUUAUUAAAAUACAAUGUUUUGAUUCAUCGUAUGUGGACAUGCUUCUGGCGUUCUGUCGUUCUCUUCUGGGGACCCACAAUUCGAAUUUCA